GCAACAAUAAAUCACUUGUUUCAGAUUGAUGUUUUCUUCAUUUAAAGAAGGGGCUGUUCUUCACAAUUAGCAAUUUAAACACAGAAAGGCUUUACUUUCUGUCUACUUUUUUAAGUAACAGUGCAGCCAUAAUAACUAACUAAUAAUUAUAAAUGUGUUGCAAUAUUUUAGUCACAAUGUGACUAAACUGAAUUGGAGCCAACGACCUGAGAUGUUUUGUACGUGCUGUAAGUGUCUUGUGUUUUGAAGUAAGAUCCUGCAGGGGAGAAGCCUGGAGACUGAACCAUUCCCAUGACAGCAGUCCGCUAUUGAAGCUUUACAGCACGUCAGAGAAGACAACUCCUCUUUCGUCUCCACUGUGCACCUACACUACACUGUAUACGUCAUCAGCCCAAUAACCAAAUAAGUAUUUCAUUGUUGUCAAAGAGCUGGAAAAACUGAAAGUGGAGAAGUGUUGCACAUUUUCAAGAAAAGUAUUUCCAAAAAGGUCAUACGUGAAUGUUAGUUUCGUCCUGACAGCGGAGAGGGAAGGAUGCUCCUGUCUGUAAUGUGACUGGCUGUCUGUGCAGCCUCCCGGCUUGUGGCUAUAAAAAUCCCUGCACCGUCCCUCGGUGCGUCAGAGCGCAGCCGGAGCAGGGAGUGGAGGACCCUGACGCACAGCGGGAAACACCGGACACACCGUGAACUAUCACUGCUGGAACGCACCUAAGAAAUCGUAAUUAUUCAAAAAAGCAUCCGGCUAGUUAGCGGAACUCUGCUGGAAUAUCGAUCAGAAAACUUUGGCCUUGACCACACCACAACACCGCGGUCCGGACAAACAAGCACGGACUCAGACCCACGCUGCCAGACCUGGAGCACGGCUUAGUGUGUGGAUGUGUGUGAGUGUGUGAAUAUGCGCGUGUGAGUGCCUUUGAGUGUGUAUUUUUAGACUGCUGUGUGCCUCUGAGUGAGCGAACGUCUUGCUGUGUGAGUGCCAGGCUCGUGCGAGGAUGAGGGCAGUCGCUCUGCUGUGUCUCCUGAUGGUCGCUGGGAUCGGAGCCUCUCGGUUCGUCCGCGACUCCCAGGGCGGCCCCGAGGCUGCAGAACCCUCUAAGAACAACGCCUCCGUCCCGCUUCAGGCCCUACAGCCGGCCCGGCCGCGGGGCUCCUUCCCGCCCAUGUGCAUAAAGCCCACAGAGAUCACCCACACGUUCAAGUAUGUGAACACCAUCGUGUCCUGCCUGAUCUUUGUGGUGGGGAUCAUCGGCAACUCAUCCCUGCUCAGGAUCAUAUAUAAGAACAAGUGUAUGAGGAACGGACCCAAUGUCCUGAUUGGCAGCCUGGCACUGGGGGACCUGCUUUAUAUUAUCAUCGCCAUCCCCAUCAAUGUAUUUAAGCUAAUAGCCGAGGACUGGCCAUUCGGCGUGUACGUCUGUAAGUUGAUGCCGUUCAUCCAGAAAGCUUCAGUGGGAAUCACCGUCCUCAGCCUGUGUGCCCUCAGUAUUGAUCGCUACCACGCAGUGACGUCAUGGAGCAGGGUGAAGGGGAUGGGGAUCCCUCUGUGGAAAGCAGUGGAGGUGACUCUGAUCUGGCUGGUUGCUGUGCUGCUCGCAGUCCCCGAGGCGCUGGCAUUCGACAUGUUGGAGAUGCCGUACAGGGGCAGCAAGCUGCGCGUGUGUCUGCUGCAUCCAGAACAGACCACCAGCUUUAUGAAGUUCUACCAGGAUGUGAAAGACUGGUGGCUGUUUGGCUUCUAUUUCUGCUUCCCGCUGGCCUGCACAGGAAUCUUCUACACGCUCAUGUCCUGUGAGAUGCUCAGUCGCAAAAAAGGCAUGCGCAUCGCACUCAACGACCACAUGAAACAGCGGAGGGAAGUAGCGAAGACAGUGUUCUGCCUCGUGUUGAUUUUUGCUCUCUGCUGGCUGCCCCUUCAUCUCAGCCGUAUUCUGAAGAAAACUAUCUACGACCAAAACGAUCCCAACCGCUGUGAACUGUUAAGCUUCCUGUUAGUGAUGGAUUACAUCGGCAUCAACAUGGCCUCCCUAAACUCAUGCAUUAAUCCGAUUGCCCUGUACUUUGUCAGCCAGAAGUUUAAAAACUGCUUCCAGUCUUGCCUGUGCUGCUGGUGCUACAGAACGUUUCCCCUGGAUGAACGAGGUUCAGGAGGACGCUGGAAGGGCUCUUGUCACGGGAACGGACUGGACCGCUCCAGCUCCAGUCAUAAAUACACAAGCUCUUCAUAAACACACACACACACACACACACACGCACACACACAUGCAUGCACACGCACACACGCACUUACUCAUCACACACCUCUGCUGCCAAACCCAUGUUCCCAUCAACCCGCAUCACUGCCAAUCAGAUCCCAGUGAGGAGGGGGGGAAAUGGAGCGAGGUAGAAGUCACUUCUACAGGACUCACAGCAGACUGAUAAAAAAAAAAAAGGACCAACCCAACCUGAUGAAUGAAAUAACAGGACUGUACCUGUUCAGGCUGUAAUACUAAGUGCAAAAACUAUGAUGCAACCAAGGCUACAUAAAUCCGUUCAUACUCCCACGCCGUGGCUUGUGUAGAGGACCAAAAGUCUCUCAGUGGAUCAACAUGGUAAAUACAUUUUUAAAGAACGUUUAUUAAAGCCACAUGUAAAUGAAUGUACAGGAUUGUCUACAUGCAGAUUGCAGACCUAUGAUUAUAUCUAGCCUUAGUGCUUCAUGUAUGAAUAACAGCACUGAUGAGUACUACCUGUUGAAGCUUUAAUACCUCGCGGGGAAAGAUAGAGGGAAACAGUUCUUUUCCAAAAAGCCUCAAAAGGUGCAAGUCUUUUUUAUGAACAUGCACGAGAGAAAUCAGUAGCUGAUUAUCUGACAAUCAACUGCAUGUUGUCACUGAGCCCCGGUGACAUCAUACCAGAGUAAAAUGGGCCCCACUGUGUGCCUUACAGUCAUGUGGAGAGUGGAGCAUUCAACAUCGGACAUCUUUUAUCUGGAAAUUAUCGCCGCUUUAAGUCAUGUGGAGGGCAGCUGUUGUCCGAGAAUGCUGACAAAUACCAGAUGAUUCCCGCCACGCUUCACAGAAGAGGUCAUUAUUAGUACUAUUAUUAUUGCAGUAUUCAUGCGGUUGUAAGUGUAUAAAGCCUUUACCCGUCUCUUACAAUGUAGCUUUUAUUUUUCUAAGAAAAUAUCACAAAACACAUUAAGCUUGUUUAAUCUUCCAACAUGAGCCAUGUCCAUUUAGUAUUUCCAAAUAUUUCACCUCCAUCAGUGAGCGGUCAUGUUACAAAGAUGUUCAUGAGGCCGGAAAUGUCUCUUUGCUUCUAAGAGCUGCUUGAGGAAUACGUUUUCUAAGAUUGACCCAUUUAAAAGCUUUAGGAAGAAAAACGAAAUCCCGUACAGCUGGAUGUUUUUACAGCAGUGAAUGUUUUUAGUGGAGAUUAAAUAUGUAAUGAUCAUAAAAAUGAUUUAGAUGUAUUAGUUCUUUCCAUUAAAUAUAAUCCUGGUAAAAUUCAGGAUCUCUAACUGAUUUAAUGUGUUUAACCAACAUCAAUUGUGAAGGAGAGAUGCAAGAAGGAUCUCAUAAUGAGAAAAGAAAUAUGUGGAGUGCAACACAGUAAGAGAAGAAGAGUUAGGACGUCUGUAGCUCGAGGUAGCUGCACAUGCUGAGUAGUCACAUACUUGUGACAAAUCUUGUGAUUCCAACUCAUCAAGAAAGAAACUUUAAAAAGUCAGACGUGAGGAGAAGCUGCAGGUUGUGCUUGAUAGUAAGUCUCCAAGCUUAAUUCCAUCAGAGGCAAUACAUGGAUUGUGUGUUCUCAGUAUUAUCAUCUGGGGAAAACCUGCUGCACGUUACAAUUAGUUGUAAGCAAACAUUAAAUCUAAGUGAAUCAAACACUGGCAGUAGUGAGAGCAUAUGCUGAUGAUACAAGCACAAGAUGAAUCCACUUUAUCUGGUGCUCUUUUUUUGGGAUCUCAGUACAUGGUGUUGGAAAUCCUUUUCUAUAUCAAACUAAUAAGCAAAUGUGUCCUCUUCCAAAACCACAUUUGUGCUGAGAAACCAGACAAGGUGUUUGUUCACACUGAAGCAUUUUAUGUAAUAUAAUAUAUAAAUGUUGGAACAAAAUAUUUCCUUUGCCCCUGUAUUAGAGUUUGCAAUGGUGCUCACAUCAGCUGCACAUGCAGUUUGUGACUCAUUCAUUCAUUAUAUGUAUUUAUGUCAUCUUUGCCGUGCUUUUAGUACUGGGAGGUCUUAUAGAGGGAUCACCAAGCUAAGACAUUUAGAAGUCAUUUCAGGUUGAAAAUAAAAUGUAAUGUGAAUACUGUCCCUUUAUACUGUACUUAUAUACCGAGUACGCUGUAAUAAAUAUUAUUUUAUAGCA